GAACGAAACCACAGCGAGCGCAUGCGCCUUACAAUAGCGCACCAACACACCCGAUCGACGUAGACGGAGAGAAGAGUGCGAUUUCUUCACAAAAAGAGCCAUUUUUUGGCCGUUCCCUGCACCGCAAUGGCUAAAACUAUGAGCCUAACGUUGAUUUGCCUGACAGCCUUGUACUCUGUCUCUAUUGCAGCAUACGUUGAGGCUGUAGCUGGUGUAUUUGACAUCACCCGGGGUCACAUCUUACCCCAGGUGACUAUGAGAUGUGGGUUCCUGAACAAACACAUGGACCUGGUGACCGGUCAGUGGGUAGAUGGUGACAUGGCGUCACCAUGCGAUGUCUCCAAGAAUGCCGUCCUGGACUACUGCAGACAGGUGUACAGCGAUCUGGAGGUCAACAACAUCGAAGAUUCCAAUGAGGAGGUUGAGAUCAGCCACUGGUGUCCCAUGGAUGCCCCAGACAUACCCGAAGGAUGCACCGAGACGUUCACUGUCCUCACCUACACGUGUCUGGUUGGUGAUUUUGAGAGCAAAGCACUCAUGGUGCCAAAGGGCUGUGGCUUUGAGCACAUCCACGACAGCGAGUCUUGCAAACCUAAGAGUGAACUCCACAGCUUGGCUGACAAGCAGUGCGCUGCCACUGACAAGAUAGUCCGGGAUUACGGCAUGUUGCUGCCUUGUAGAGACGAGGUGGAUCUCUUCACUGGGGUGGAGUUUGUCUGCUGCCCGCCGCGGCCCAAGCCAGUCCCAGCUGCGGAAGUUCCAGAAGAGGUGGAGCAAGCCCCGCCAAAGCCUCACGCAGCUGAACCCAAACCUGACGUGGAGCCAGUGAAACCCGUCGAGCCUGUGGAAGAGCAAGCUCCCGAGACAGACCCAGAGGUACAAGCCCAGACGGACCCCAUACCAGAUGACCCCUACUUCCACCAGCUCCCCGAGGAUGAGGAGGAGAGAGAUGCUUAUGAGGAUGCCAAGCAACGUCUUGAAGAACAAGAGGAUCAUAAGAGAACACAGGUGAUGCAGCAAUGGCAGGAGGCACAGGACCAGUAUGCUGCCCUCAAGAAGACUGAUCCAAAAGGAGCUGAAGCUAUGAAGAAAGGCAUGAUGGCACGUUUUGACGACACCAUGGCCGAGCUGGAGAUUUCCGCCCGCAAUGAGCACGAGCAGCUGCGCGUGGUUCACCAGCACCGCGUCUCAUCCAGACUGAGCGAUCAGAGAACACGUGCUGAGCAGUACUUUGCCGAGUCCCUCAGGGACGAACCUCCCAAGACCAAGAAAGUUCUGCACGCCCUGCAGAAGUACAGCAAGGCAAUCCAGCGUGACAGGCAACACGUCAUGAAUAUUUACAAGCACCUGGUGGCCACAGACCCAGCCCGGGCUGAGUUGGAACGACCGGACACGGUACGUCGAUUGCACGACAUGGACGCCAGCUUGCAAGACUGCCUGGAGAUGCUGCAGAAAGCACCUGAGGUGUACGCUGAGAUCCAGAACAAAGUUGAGAACCUUCUUGCAGCCAGCAAAUCCCCGGAAGACAUUGCCUUCCUGCAGUCCAUGGAGACAGCCCUGAGCAUGGCGACACAAACCGAGGACCAAGACGACACUGAGGAAGACGAGGAUGAAGUAGACCCACAGCCUGAGGUUAUCCCUCUGCCUCCCAAGAAAACAGCCAAGAAGACCAAACCAGUUAAGGCAGGAGUCAAGAAGCCCGUCAUUGCGGAGAUCCUGCCGCCGUUUGGCAAGGUUCCCUCGGGACGUAAGGUGCCUGAUGUGCCAGACCUUCCGAUGGUUGUUGCUCAGGUUGAAGCUGAGGAACCCGAGGAAGUUGAAGAGCCCGUAGCAGUCAAAGGUGAAGCCCUCCCAGCCGUCAAGAUAGUCAGCGCUGAGGCACCGGAGACAGAGGAACAACAACAACAACAACCGGCACUGGAAGAGCAGAAUGCACCGCCCAAGAAACAGCUGCCGAUCAUUGCAGUCAAACCCCUGGACCAGUACCGAGAUGACGAGGUUGAUUCCCAGACACCACAACAACCAGAGCAAGAGGAGUCAGCCUCGCCAGCCAAACCCAUCCUGGUGGCUAAGAAACAACCGCAGAAGACCCAGAAGGCAGCCGCUAGCAAGAUGGACAAAGGCACCGAGUUCCGCCCCAAGUCAAGCAGCAGCAUCGACAAUUCUGUCAGUCAGAAAUCUCUCAAGUACGGAGCCACCCCAGCCCUAGCCUUUGGCUUGGCCUGCGGCGUCCUGGCUGUGGCUACGGUCAUGGUAGUGGCUGUGGUCCUGGUGCGUAGGAAGGCACGACGCGUCCCCGUCAAUCAUGGAUUCACCGAGAUCGAUCCCAACAUGACGGUGGAGCAGCGGCACAUAGCGGCUAUGCAAGCCAACGGCUACGAGAACCCAACUUAUAAGUACUUCGAGAUGCAGUAAAACAAACAAAUAUCCUGCAGUCGCGUCUCUUUAGCAAAAAACAAAAAAAAAAGAACUAAAAAAAUCUCAGAGCUAUAGGAGUGAAGACUCGGUGAAAAUAUGCGGCUUUUCAAAAUUGUGAUGUCUGUGGUUUUAUCGGUUUGUUUUUAAUUCCCGUGAUUUUGGACUUGUUUUAAAACUUUGUUUUUAAAAUACUUUCUGAAGAUGUAAACUCGUAGGAAAGUUACGCAAGAUUGCUGACGCCUGUAAUUAUUUGUGCAGCACAUAGUGUAAUGGGAUUUUUUCCCAUUUUUUAAUGAUUAUUUGUGUGGACUUCGAAGGGCGGAUCGUUAAUAUGAGAAACUAAACGAUGAGGGGUGAUUUUUAAAGAAGAAAAGUUAAAUUUCCGUUUAGUUUUUUACAUGUUGUGGCGUUUCUUUUUUUUUAAACUAAAAAAGAAGCCAUCGGUAAAAAAAGUAACAAUAAAAUAAAUUGUGCUGUACUUUUUGUAUCUCAAUCUUAAAUAAUAUCAGUAUUGUUAAAAAUUUGUGUGUGUGUGUGUCAUCAUCGUAUUCGAAUAUCAAAGUUUGAAAAAAAAAAUUGUCGGGCAGAAAAAUGAUUUUAAUGUAAUGUAAGCACUGCACAGUAACUGUAAUAGUAAUAAUCAACUUUGAAAUGAUGCAUGCUUAUGCUGACUCUGUUACUUACAGCCUAUAAAUAAAUAUGACGUAAUUGCGAGUACUCUUUUUUGUAUUUUACCGUCCUACUGUACAAAAUCCUGUGUGGCAAAAAGUUUCGAGAAGUGGCAAAAAAGUGACAAAAUUUUGACAAAAUGUGUUAAAAAUGCAGCUAGGUUUCGGCUGUUAGACCCAUAUACAUGUAGGUGUAUACAUACUAGAAUACAAAACUUAGGUAAUUUUGUUAAGAUGAGAAACUUUGAGCAAGUCAUUUUUUCCGAGAUGCGGAGUUUUCUUUGAGAGCGUUUUUGUGUGUGCGUGCUUGAAAUGUCUGCUGCAUUUAGCCCCAUUUUGGCUGAAUUUGGUGACUUUUUCUGUGUCUUCUGCGAAUGGUAAUUAAGAUAUGUGUAAGUAGUUAUGGUGUUGGUGUGUUAACAUACAGGGUAGGGCAGCAGCACGUCUAUGUGACAAAGCGAACACCCUUUUCAGCCACAUUUGCUCAAAAUUUUCAAAUCCUGGAUGGAAUUUGAAGUUUGUGCUACACAGAGCUAAAAUGUCAAGUUUCCACCUUCAACAAUUAUAGUCUUUUUUAUUUUUCUUUCAACUACUGUUUAUCGAACACGACACAACAGUUUUUGAGAAGGAAAGUACGGUCACUUCCAAUUUUGCCAGUACUCUGAUUCCACUGAGUCAUGUUUGGGGCCCGUUUGUUAA